UUAGACUUUAUGCUGAAUCAAGUUUCUGCCUGAGACAUGAGAGAUCUCAACAUACUCCUAAUAGUAUCAGCGGUAUUAGUUGAGUUGUAAACAAUUCAGAUGACAAAACUGAUAUGGCCGAUUACAUGAUUGGUGACAGCCUUUCGUCAUUCAAAUGUACAGGCAUUACACUUACUAAUGUCAAUUUCAGAGUAAAACAUAGAGUAAGAUCUAAUAUUAACUUGUUGACAACACUAGGGCGUGGCUGUAUGCACAUGCUGAAAUUAUGUGAGAGGGCAGAGUGAACAGGUAGCCAACAAUACCUGCUCACAUUCUUUUGAGUGUGAAACCGGAAGAUGUUUGGACACAGGCUCAAUACUGCAAAUGGACUGUGAUUUGGCCUAGUAGCUGAUACUGACAAGUGCUGUGAGCCCUCUGCACCAUGUUUUCCUCCGCUGCCCCAUUCAAGAACCAGCACUACUCCGAUCUGAAGAAGACCUGUAUCAGGGAUAAGGUGCUGUUUGAAGAUCCUGAAUUCCCUGCCAACAACUCGUCCCUGUACUUUCGGAAACCUCCACCUGGAAGAGUGGUGUGGAAGAGACCAGGGGAGAUCAGUAACUCGCCACAUCUGUUUGUGGAGGGUAUUAGCUCACAUGACUUGAACCAAGGAAUUGUGGGAAACUGCUGGUUCGUUGCUGCCUGCUCCUGUUUGGCCCUGAAGGAGAAUUUAUGGAAAAGGGUGAUCCCAGACUGGAAGGAGCAGGAGUGGGAUGACAAACACCCAGAGAACUAUGCAGGGAUCUUCCACUUUCAGUUUUGGAUUUUUGGGGAGUGGAUGGACGUGGUGGUGGACGACCGACUGCCCACCAUCAAUGGGGACCUCAUCUACUGUCAUUCAAAAGACAACAACGAGUUCUGGAGCGCUCUGCUGGAGAAGGCCUAUGCUAAGCUGUCUGGCUGCUACGAGUCACUGGAGGGUGGAAACACUGGGGAUGCAGUGGUAGACUUCAGUGGAGCUGUGGCAGAAACCAUUGACCUGCAGGAGGGAGCUUAUCACAGUGACCAGAAGAAACAAGAUGAACUGUUUGCAGAUGUGCUCAAAGUCUAUGACAGAGGAGGCAUUAUCAGCUGCUCCAUCAAGGCUCAACCACAUGAAAUAGAGUUGAAGAUGGCCAAUGGUCUGGUGAAGGGCCAUGCAUACUCUGUGACGGCGGUGAAGAAGGUGCGACUGGGUCAUGGACUGUUGGCCUUCUUUAAAAAUGAGACCAUCCCAAUGAUCCGCAUGAGAAACCCCUGGGGCAAGACUGAGUGGAACGGAGCCUGGAGUGACAUCUCUGAAGAAUGGUCUAAGGUCGGUGACACUGAAAGAGGAAAUCUUGGCAUCACAGUUGCUGAUGAUGGAGAGUUUUGGAUGGCAUUUUCAGACUGGUGCAAGUUCUUCACCGAUGCAGAUCUUUGUCGUCUCAUCAAUACCUCCGUCUUAAGUAUACACAAAACCUGGAAUGAGGUUGUGCACUUUGGGAGCUGGACUAAAAAUGCUGACCCUCUCCUCAACCGGUGUGGGGGCUGUGCAAACCACAAAUUUACGUUUCUACAGAACCCACAGUAUUUGUUUGAUGUGACAAAAGAGGAAGAUGAGGCCCUGAUCUCUCUGCAGCAAAAAGAUAUGAAGAUUCACAGGAAACAAGGCCAAGGGGAAAACCUGACUAUUGGCUUUAGUAUAUUCAAGGUGGAAUUGAAUAGGAAGUACCGAUUACACGACAUUAUAACUCAAAAGUGUGUAGCCACUUCGACAUACAUAAACGCCCGGACAGUCUUCAUGAGAGUGGACCUAAAACAGGGCCGAUAUGUCAUCAUGCCAACUACAUUCAAACCACUGACCCUUGGGGAUUAUAUGCUCCGCCUCUUCACCGACGUGGACUCUGGAUGCAGGGAGCUGACAGAGGACAAACCCAAAGUGCGCUGCUGGAGUUCAUUUGUUGGUUAUCCUCAAGUGGUCAGUCAUGUCUACAUUCACGCAGCAGCGGGGCUGGAGAACCAGGACAAGAACGGAGGAGCAGACCCCUAUGUGAUUAUAUACUGUGAAGGGAAGUCAGUCAAGUCUCCUAUCCAAAAAGACACAUUAGAGCCAGAGUUUGCCAUCAGUGGUGUUUUCUACAGGAAGAAACCAAGGAAGCCUAUCACUGUGCAGAUCUGGAACAGUAAUGCUGUGAAGGACCAGUUCAUGGGGCAGGUGAUGCUGUCGGGGUCAGUGAAGGACAGUACUGAAGCUCAGGCCCUGCAGCUACGGAAAGAAGGCGCUCAGAUGGCCGAUGAGAUGCCCGGGCAAAUUAGCCUGAAGAUCGUCACAGCUACUCAACUCACCGCGAUAUAACCAUAUCGUUGUGGAACUGACUAACAAGACCUUACCAAAGCAGUGCUGUAGUUGUGAACUCUGUGAAUUGUUAUAAUGAGUUAUAUUCACCAAUGAGCAUUAUGCACAGUUAAACUGCCCGUAUGGUUGGUUUGAGAGUAGUCUGUGUUUUGGGCAGCUGUCAAACUGUGAUGCAUUGUUUUCAUAGGGAUGGGACAAGAUUUCGUGCCAGAAAAUCUUGAUCUUGUCAGACAAAAUUGAGCAACAUUGUGCACACAAAAAUUAUCUUGUGAUAUUUUUUCCAGCAUGUUUUUUUACCUGUCUAAUCCCUCAGUCAUCCAAGUUUUGUCCAUAGUAAAAGAAAAAAAUAAUUCUGUCAAGUGGACAAAACCUCUUCACUUUAAAAGCUUUUGUCCAUUGGACAGAAUAAAAACAUUUUUUGCUAUCAUUGCCACAUUUUCAUGUUUGGAUUGGACUAAAAAGGCAUUACGUUCUGGCGAGUUACAUUUCUUGAGAAGCUGCGGUUCCAAAAAGCUGAGCUACACUGACAGCAAAAAUAUAAAAUAAAGUUAAUACAAUUUCUUGUGGACAUUUUCUCGUCCUACCCCCAUGUAUUCAUACUCCUCUGUUCUGUCAUUACCUUUAUCAGCCAUUGUAGCUCGGCUAAUUUUAAGACAACAAACUAUAUCAGUCACAUUACAACUAUGCGCUAAUCAUUAAUUGAAAUAUAUAGAAAGAGAGAGAGAGACUGAAAGAUUGAAAUUUGAUGCUUACUUGUUUCCAAUCCAAAUGCAUUUGAAAGUUUACCUAGAUUUUUUACACUUGUAUAAAUUACAGAUUUUACACUAGUGGUGUUUUACAGAAUAGAUGGAAAACAUUCCUUUUGUUGCAAUGGCAGAAUUCUCUUUGCAUUAGUUUUUAAAGGAUUUCUAUAAUAAAUAUUUUCUAGAAAACAAGAA